GUUAACUGUAGCAUUUGUGCAGGCAUGGCUGCAACAGAAGAUAUGACAGUAACUACCUGGAUGUAUGAUAAUUAUGAUUACGAUGAAGUCUACCAAGAUGAAAUGUGCAAUACGACAGGUCUCCUACACUUUGGAAAGAUCUCCAGUCCCCUCUUCCUCUCCAUGGUGGUGGUCCUCAGUCUGCUGGGCAACACCCUGGUCAUGGUGAUUUUGCUCAAGUACGAGAACGUCAAAUCCCUCACCAACGCCUUCAUCUUAAACCUGGCAGUGUCAGACCUCCUCUUCACCGCAGAGUUGCCCUUCUGGGCCUACUACCAUAUGUUCGGAUGGACUUUAGGGGAGCGAGCGUGCAAAUUGGUGAGCUUCGUGUUCGACGUGGGCUUCUACAGCAGCGGCCUGCUCCUCAUCGUCAUGACAGCCCAGCGUUACAUGGCUGUACUCAACCCUCUCUCCUGCCUGGUGUCUGCGGCAGGCUCCUACAGUCUAGUAGCUUCUGUGUUCAUCUGGAUCCUCAGCAUCCUGGUGGCCAGCCCAGCUUUCAUCUUCUCCAAGGUCAUACAACAAGAUGGACUGGGCCAUUGUGAAUACGAGGAUUCCUACGCCAACCUUUGGAGAAUCUACCAGCAAAACCUUCUUUUUAUCCUCAUCUCUGGCGUCUUCAUCUUUUGCUAUUCUCAGAUCCUGUGCCGACUGCUGCGUCCUUCCUCCCAAAGACGCAAGAACAAAACCUUUAAACUCAUUUUUACGCUCUUGCUAGUGUUCUUUAUAGGAUGGGCUCCUUACAACAUCACGCUCUUCCUAAAAUCUUUACACUUCUGGCCGCAAACGCCCGUUGACUCCACGACGCUGGCGGAAAGGUGUCCAGGGCGCAAUGUGCUGGAUUAUGCCUUUCAAGUCAACAGGCUUUUGGCCUUUUCACACUGCUGCCUCAACCCCAUCUUCUAUGUUUUUGUGGGCUCCAAAUUCAAACGCCACCUGAGGAGGAUGAUGGGGAGCCGGCGCUACGGCGAUGCAUGCAGUCGACGAAGUCGGCCCACCAUCACGUCGCUGUCGAGCGGGGACGAGCUUUUUGUGUAGCUCCACUUUCCGUCAUUAAUACCUAAAAGCAGGGGUACUUCAAUAGAUAUUAAAACUAAUCAUUAUUUCCUUUGUCGCCUAUGAUGUUUUCUUUAAAUAGUUAAUAGUCAUGCUAGCAUGUCGUCCAAAGCAUUGUGAUCACAACCCAUAGGGGGCGCCAUUUGCCCAUUUUAUUUAUUAAUCUAUGGGGUCCAAAUACGAAUGUCCACCAUAAAUUCGGCCUAGCAACAAGUGAUGCAAUGCGUGACAUGACCAGGUAAAAACUAUGCUUUGUCUGCAAGUUAGCUGCAAUCAUCUUUAAUUUGGGAGUUUUUAUGAUGAACUGUAUGUAAUCGUGUAUAAUAGUGUGUGACCAUGGCCAGCAAUAAA